CGUCCUCUUCCAUUUUCACAAGGCCAUCCGUACGGAGAUGGGGCCAUCGAUGGGUCAGGCUGGCAGGGAUGGGGAAGAGCGAGCGGGAUGAAAUUGAGGUCACAUCAAAUCCCGACGCUUCCCCUCGUCUAACUCGUGACAAUAUUCUCUCCCAGGCACGACGAGAAAGCAAACCAACCAGAGCCGAUAUGUGGCAGUCCAAACGCUGUAUCGUAUCUCGGAGGCAGCCCCGAGAGACAGCCAAACGCUGCACCGCUAUCUGGACACCGUCUCUUCAAAUUUGCAGGACUAACGUUCGUUAUCGGACACGGACCCGGGCACCUGCGCCCCUGCCAUACCAUGCCGAAGUCUCGCCCCACAUGCAUCCCAUCAGCUCCGAAGCCGGUGGCUUCGAAACACCUUCCUCCUCCCGCGGGAUAGAUAUGGACCCGUCGCGCGCAGGCGGAGGUUCUUUGCGCUCCCUUGGCCCCCUCCUCCUCUUACCCGUCCCCUCCACCGCGAGCGAGUGAGACAUGCAGCUCCCGGCUUGGUACACAACGCCGACGACGCAGGUCGUGCUCGUCGGCAUCACCUGUUUCGCCACCGUCGGCAUGUUCAGCGCCGUGUCUAACCUCGGCGCCGGAGGAACCCAGGACGUCUCCCUCUCCGACACCUCUAACGGUGUCCUCUACGGCAUGUUCGCCCUCACCGGUCUCAUCUCCGGCGGUAUCAACAACCUGUUGGGCCCGCGGUUGACCCUCUUCUUCGGCACGCUCGGGUACGCGCUCUACGUCGGCGCUCUCUGGUGCUUCCAAACCCAGGGCACGCGCUGGUUCCUCAUCUUCGCCGGCGCGAUCCUCGGCGUCACCGCCGCCCUGCUCUGGUCCGCGCAAGGCUCGAUCAUGAUGUCCUACCCGCUCGAGAAGGACAAGGGCAAGGCCUUCUCCAUCUUCUGGGCCAUCUUCCAGUUCGGCUCCUUCAUCGGCGCCCUCAUCGCCCUCGCCAUCAACAUCCGCUCCGGCGGCCUCUCCGCCGUCUCGACGAGCACCUACAUCGCCUUCCUCGUGAUCAUCUUCGUCGGUAUCGCCUCUUCGGCCCUCAUCCUGCCCCCGCACCGCGUCGUCCGCGGCGACGGCACGCUCGUCACCCUCGCCCACCACUCCUCCAUCCACUCCGAGCUGCUCGGCAUGGCCAAGCUCUUCACCGACUGGCGCGUCGCCGCCCUCCUCCCCAUGUUCUUCUCCUCCAACUACUUCUACGCCUACCAGGGCGCCGUCAACGCCGGCAUGUUCGACGGCCCCACGCGCGCGCUCAACGCGACGCUCGAGGGCGCCGGCGCGAUCGUCGGCGCGCUCCUCAUCGGCUUCUUCGUCCUCGACGCGCCCGCGGGCCGGUUCAGGUACGGCCGGCGCGCGCGGGGUUAUAUCGGCCUCGGCGUCGUGACGGCGAUGACGAUCAUCAUCUGGGCCGUCGCCCUCGGCUGGCAGGUCACCUUCACCCGCGCGGACGCCGCCAAGCUCCUCGCGAACGACGCGCUCAUCAACUACCACGACGCCAACUACCGCGGCAAGGGCGCCCUCUACUUCUUCUACUACUUUGGCGACGCGUGCUACCAGGCGCUCGCGUACUGGAUCAUGAGCGCGAUCACGAACGACCCCUUCCGCCUCGCUCGUCUCGCCGGUAUCUACAAGGCCCUCCAGUCCGCCGGCGCCGCGGGAUCCUUCGGCAUGGACGCCGUCGCCACGCCCUACCUCAACGAGCUCCUCGCGAGCUGGUUGAUGAUGCUCGUCUCGUUCCCGCUCGCCUUCCUCGUGAUCCGGACCAUCAAGGAGACCAACUACGAGGACGAGGAGGUCGUCUACGUCGACGACCUCAAAGCCGGCGCCGUCGAGUCCGGCGAGCUCCCCGCCACCACGCCAGCAGAGAAGGCCGAGACCGAGAAAGCGAGAAAGCGAGCGUCGCGUCCCACUCGGCAUGAUGACAGACACCGACCGACCGACCGACCGGGGCUCUCCCCCUCUCUUCUGCUCGGGUUAGAGGCCUCCCCCACGCUCGGGGUUGAGGACGGGAGAGGAGGGGCCGUUGACUUUUCUUUGGUUACGACUUCGGACGGAGAUUCGAACGACUGUUAAUGGGUUUUUUUUGUUCUGUAGACGAGGCUUUUUCUUUUACGCGCGACGACGAUAUUAAUGGCCCCCCCGCGCUCUCGGCACAACGAUACGUAUCAUCAGCAUUGUAUGUUUGUACGCUCGACUUGCAUGAAACAGCGAAACGG